AGUUAUCAGAGUCACUACAGCAGCUGUCAGGCCGAGCCAAGUCCGCCCACACCCACAUCACCAACCUCAAGACUUUUCAGGAUAGAGUCAAUAGUCACUGUGACACUCUAGCAGCGGAGGUAGAACGUCAAUGUGCCGAGCUGAUGGAGGCGGUGACGGAGGCAAGGACGAGGCUCUUGGCCCAGCUUGCAGCAGAACGGGAAGCCACUACUAAAAUAUACAGGGACCAGGCCGCGGGGUGCACACGUCGCCUGCAUCAGACCACAGCCCUCGUCCAGUUCUGUAUCGAGGCUAUCAAAGAGAUCGACCCAGCGGCCUUCAUGCAGAUGGGUCCACAACUGAUCGGUCGAGUGAGUGACCUCGACCUCACCUGGGACAAGGAGCUGGCCUCAUCGUCGACACGUCUCAGCCCGUACAUCGACCUCGACGUGGAACACAAAACUGUCCUCAGAGCUCUCAACACCUUUAACUUUGUCCAGAUGAAACCUUGUCUUGACGGAGAGGAGCGGAGGCCAGCAGCCCCGGGCACCCCUGAAUUCCUAGCGGAGGAGUGUGUAGGUGAGAACAACAGCGUCACAGCUACCUGGACGCCUCACCCCACCUCUAGGGUAGCUGGGUACAUACUGGAGAUCGACGAUGGUGAUGGGGAGUUUAAGGAGGUGCACCGCGGGCCGGAGACACUGUGCACGGUGGAAGGCCUUCACUUCAACACCGUCUACCACCUACGAGUGAGAGCCUACAACAUUUCAGGAGUCUCACCGUUCUCUACCUCCGUCGCUAUCAGGACCUCCGCCACGGCGUGGUUUUCGCUGGACCACGCACUCUCGCACCCUGAGUGUCGCCUGGUGGGAGACGGGGCAGGUGUCACCUGUGAGAGCUACCAGCACCGUGUCGCCCUCGCCUCAGUCGGGUUCUCCAGAGGGCGCCACUACUGGCAGUUCACCGUCGACUCCUACGAUGCCAACGCCGACGUGGUGUUCGGCGUGGCCAGAAUAAAUGUAGAUAAGGAAGGAAUGUUGGGUAACGACGUUCACGGGUGGGCCAUGUACAUAGAUCACCAGAGGUCGUGGUUCCUUCACGGUGCCGCCCACCAUGGGAGGUGUGAGGGCGGGGUGGGCAUAGGCUCUACCGUGGGCGUCCUCCUCGACCUCAACCACGGCACUCUGGCCUUCUACGUCAACGAUGAACAACAGGGGGAUGUUGCUUUCACUGAUAUGGAUGGUCUCCUCUAUCCAGCCGUCAGUGUCAACAGGAACGUGACAGUGACCCUCCACACCUCCCUCGACCCUCCGCACUCAGACUAUGACAGCCAAUCAGACACCUGAAGGAACUGUGUGGAGUUGGUGUCACCUCCACUCCGGCCACUGAGGCAAGAUAGACAGAUAAUUGUUGGAACGUCGACACUGCCCCAAGUCACCCAUGGGAGAACUUCUUUUUAAUGAGCUGCGGCGGAAACUUUCAUCAAAUUCUGUUACUCAAUCUCUUAAAAGUUUCAGUGAAAAAAAUAUCAACAACAGAGGACAUUAUGAAUACUGAUCUUUUUAUUAAGUGAAUAAAGCAGAACAAACAGCCCCUACCACCACCCACCAUCCUACCACCUCGUGAGAACUCUGAAGAAGAAAUAUUACGCCACUAGAGCAUAAGAUUACGAAGCUGUGCACUAAGAUCUUUGCUUACACAAAUAUUUUAUUUCUCAAGUCAUAAAAACUUUAUUUAUAAUACGAAGAAGCGUACAGCAGGUCGACCUAACAUGUUGUAUAAUUCAGGACAUGAAGCUGCACCAGGCAAAGGUUUAUAUUUUCAGCUAGGAAGAAAAACAAUCAACUACUAAAUAUCAAAAGAUAAACUCUAAGUCAUCCAGUUAUAGUGUAUAGUGAGGGUCCGUCUCCAGCUCACUAAUCUUUGUGAUACUUGUGAGAUUCAUCAUGUAAAUACUGUUGAGAAAUACUGAGAAGAGGUGAAAGUUAUCAAGAUAGGACAUAUCAAACGUAACACAGAUGAUGCCUGCUCAUCUACGAGGCUGAGGUCUCAGGUGAGAGAAGUGGACACCUCAGUUAAAUGUCCCUCUGCAGGGUCCCAGGUGACAGCAUCAAACGGACACCUCAGUUAAAUGUCCCUCUGCAGGUUAAUGUCCCAGGUGACAGCAUCAAAUGGACACCUAAGUUAAAUGUCCCUUCAGCAGGUUAAUGUAGCUGUGGUAGCGUAGCAUCAAAUGGCAACACACACACACAUAGGUACCAUCGUCUUUAAUACAACUCCACUACCAAGUUAAUUAAUGUUAGUAUAAAGCCUCAAGUAUAGGGACAAUCAUCUUAUCUGUCCAGGAUCACAACAACUGCCAACACCACUCCAUUGUUUACUAUAAUAUGUGGACGCUUCUGAGUACGAGGUUAAGUGAACAGGUGAACAACACAAGGUUUCAUUUCCUCCCUUUGGUAGACUUUACAGCUUCCAGAUUUUUUUUCUGAUGCAUCGGUAUCAUGAACAUAAAGAAGGGAACCUUUGUUGAAAUGAACAAUAUCUGGUAUAGAAUUUCCAGUUAGUUUUUUUUAGUUAGAAAAAAAAACACUAUAUUUCCAUCCAUUUGAUAAAAUAAGUGAAAAAAUGAUGAUUGUGGUGCCCAUUAUUAAUUCAGUAUACAUUACACAUUGUGUAAUUUUUCGUGUAAUGUAUUAAGCAAAAAUAAAUGAGCUACAGCUGGUUGGUCUAUGUAUAUUUGAUACUGGAGGUUGCCUGAGAGAGCCCUGCAUAAUACAUAUACCUGUACUAAGUGCGCUAAUAUUAUCACUCAAUAAUGAAAUAAAACCACUUCAAAAUUCCUUAUAAAAAUCUAUACCAUUUAUCUAGAGAUCAUUUAAUAUUCCACAGGUGCUCCAUAUAACACAGGUGGCAGAAGCUACAGGUGUGUUAAUCCUUAAAGAAAACACAACGAAACGCUUAAAAUUGUCAAUUCGUGUUCAAAAUUUGUCUUUAAUAUUACAAAAAAUUUCCAAAAAUUCAAGUUUGAUCAUCGAUAAGAAGACAACAAGACAUUGUUUACCUCAGGUGUUUGGAAGACUGGUCGAAUCCCAUCAAUGUGUGUGUGUGUGUGUGUGUGUGUGUGUGUGUGUGUGUGUGUGUGUGUGUGUGUGUGUGUGUGUGUGUGUGCGUCUCGGAUACUAAUACAGUACCACCUCUUGGUCCUAGAAUCUAUAGGCUUAGAACUACACUCCAGAACCCGUAAUACAUAACCCAACUCCUGAUCUCGCAGCCCCAAGAACUGGUCCUCAGAAUCUUAAAAAACGACUCAACGCUGAGCAUUUAAUUCCCAGGACGACCUCCCACACAAAGAUUAUUUCCCUAAUGUUUCUUCGGUGAAAUAAAAACUCUAGCUGUCUUAAUAAUGUCCACGUGGAAUAAAUAAAACUCCUAAACAAUAUAACGACUGAAUGGUUUAAACAAGUGUAUUUCUCAGUGUCGGCUGUCUCACGUAGUAUCAUGGGUGAGAUUCAAAAAAAGGUGAAUUUUGUUUAUAUAUAUAAGAGUCAAGAACAAAAAACUAAUGAUAAAGAAAUUAUUAAAUUGCUCCAAUAUAAGAAGUAUAUAUAUAUUUUUUACACGCUAAAAUAAUUAUCAAUAUCAUUUAUUUUAUUACACUAGGAAUUUUCCAGCUCAUUAUUACAACAAUUGGUCAAUGUUGCAUAAUUCUGCACUGAUGGUCAUGUUGAUCGCGUUUAUAUUACAGUUGUAAGCCAAGAUCCUCAAAUAUUCAUAAUUUUCUUUGUUUUUGAUGUUAUUUGUAUGUGUGAGAACUUCUUUUUUUGUUUCUCAUCACUUCAGCAACAACACAGAGAAGGUGACAGUUUUUGUUACUCAGAGUCUGGUGUAACUGAAGGUUUUCUCAUAGAUCCAAUUAACGUCUUGAAGAUUAACGAAUAUUUGAGUAUCCAGGCAGUAGAGUUUUUGCAGUGGGAAUGUUAUGUUUCUUUUUUUUUGUAGUAUUAGUGCAGUGAUUACAGGUGAACGCAGGCUCCACUUGUAAUAGACCCCAACCUAACCUAACCUAACCUAAAACUAAUCUAAAUUAUCAUUAUCUAGUUUAACCUAACCUAACUUAACCUACCCUACCCAACCUUAACAUAACUUUACAUACUGUACCUUACCCAAACCUAAUUUAUCCUAACUUAACCUUAUAAUAAGGUUAGGUUAGGUUAGGUUAGGGCCUAUUUCUACCUGGGGCCUAUUUAACCAGCGAUCAUUGUAGAGGGCGUCAGAGCUGCCCUUAUAGUCAGUCACCUAAACUAUGUAUAGUUUAUGUUACUCCUUGUAGUGUUAAGGACAUCAUUCUCCUAAGCUUCUUCAUUACACUGUAAAUAACAUUACACGUAAGGUAACUUCGGUUCUCUUAAAUAUAUAUCUUUUAUUCUCUCUCUCUUCACCUCCGACUUACAAUCUUCUUUUGUUUUUAUAUGUAUAUUAUUUAAUGACAAUAAAAUUAUAGCAGGGUUAUAUACGAGAGAGUUCAAAUUAAAGCAAGGUUAUAUAAGAGACAGCAAAAUUAAAGCAGGGUUAUAUACGAGAGAGUAUAAAUAUGUACGUCAUUUUCUUUUAUAUACUUUUUCUACUUUUAUAUAUGUAUUUAUAUGUCAUUUUCUGUUAUUCAUUAUUUCGUUAUUCCUAUUCCAAUCUAUAAUGUCACAAGCCAAAGAUGUUACGACAAGUUUCAACUAGAAAUUAAUGGAGAUAGAAAGUCCCUCACACAUAUUAGUUAAAGCUCAGUAAUACAUGACAUUUAUCGUAUAUGUUCUUUUGUUUUGAUAAUAUGUAUAUACUGUAUCUUGAAACACCUUCUUCUUCUUCUCCUUCUUCUUCUUUUU